AUGUCAGAGACUCGCCGGAAUCAAUCUAACAAUGAACGACGAAUCGACAACUCCGAGAAUCAACACAGAAGAGUUGUAAUAGAGAACAGUCAUGGUGAGAAACUCGUUGGGGUUUUGCAAGAUACAGGCUCAACCGAGACUGUUGUCAUCUGCCAUGGUUUUCAAUCAUCAAAGGAUCGUAUCCCUAUGCGGACAAUUGCUAAUGUCUUUGAAAGAGCGAAGAUCACUACUUUCCGGUUUGAUUUCGCUGGCAACGGGGAAAGCCAAGGAUCAUUUCAGUAUGGUAACUAUCGCCGUGAAGUUGAAGAUCUACGUUCUGUUCUUCAACACUUGCGUGGGGAAAACCGUGAAAUUUCUGCAAUCAUUGGACAUAGUAAAGGUGGGAAUGUGGUGCUUUUGUAUGCAGCAAAGUACAAGGAUGUGGAGAUUGUUGUGAAUAUCUCAGGACGGUUUUUUCUAGAGAGAGGGAUUGAAGGGAGGCUUGGUAAGGACUACUUGAAGAGAAUCAAAGAGAAUGGGUGCAUCGAUGUUAGGAACAGAAAGGCAGGAAAGUUUGAAUAUAGAGUAACAGAAGAGAGUCUAGUGGACCGUCUCACCACCAAUACUCAUGAAGCAUGUCUCUCAAUUCAUGAAAACUGCAGGGUGUUAACAGUUCAUGGUUCAAACGAUAGGAUCGUGUCUGUAACAGAAGCAUAUGAAUUCGCCAAGUACAUAAAGAAUCAUAAACUGUGUCUUAUUGAAGGAGCUGAUCAUGAGUUCACUUCUCACCAGCAUCAGCUUGCUUCUACUGUGUUGUCAUUCUUCAAAUCAGAUCUCAAGAAGGCCGAUGAUGGUGAUGAUGAAGGUGAUAUCAGUACAAGUAACCGAGACUCCAUGAGAUCAGCUAUUCCGAUUACUUCAAGAAUUUAA